ACAAAGAAGCCCCAAGGAUAAAUUAUGUUUUGUCCUUGUCGUGAUAGUCGCGGUGUUCGUCUACAAAGUAUGAUAACGAAAAACGUGACGAUGCUAGUUUGGAAUAACUAACGCGUCCCAUAAUUUGUUGCUAAAUUCUGCGAACCACAACAAGUAUGAAAAAAGAGACGCUCUUGUACAGAGUGGGACGUUGUUGAAUGUGCUGGAAAGAACAUUGUUUAAAAUUGUGUAUGGCAUCCACCUGCCGCCAUUUUUAUUGUGUUAGUGUUGGGUUAAACAAUUUGGUGUAGAGGGAUAUGGAUAGAUCUAGAGACUAUUCGCCAAGAGGUAGAAGCAUGUCGAUAUCGCCAGAAUACAAAGGGUCCCCGGAUUACAGAAGUAGAUCGCCGUCGAGGUCUCCGCAUUACAAGAGGCACAACGGGCACAGAUCACCGAAUUUCCACACUUCAAAAAAAAAUUUCCAUCACGACUACUGCGACGAUAGAGCUAAGAACGGUAGUGAUUAUGAAAGUGACCGCGAGUACCGAAGAGAGUCGUCGUGGGAUGGUGAUAGGAAAAGCAGAUCCAGAAGCCCAGAAUAUUCGAGGGAUAGAGAUAGAAGUAGACACUAUAGAAGUAGGGACAGAGAUAGAGACCACCACAGGUCGAGUAGAGGCAAACGGUCUCGUAGUGGUUCCCGAUGGGAGAGAAGAUCCGAAGACCGAAAAACACGUGAUCGAGAUAGGUCAUAUCGCGACGAUGAUAGGGACAGUGUGGAUAGUGAACGUAGCCCUAAUGGAGCUGUCAUUGGAGCUAGCGGAUCUGAAAUCAUUGGCUACAAAAGUCAGCCGCCAAAUAACACCAUCAUGAUACGGGGACUAGCCCAACAUAUCUCAGAAAACGAUAUUCGCCAGGAUAUUAUACACUGUGGUCUGAUGCCCAAAGAUAUUCGCCUCAUCAGAAAAAAAGACACAGGUACUUCACGUGGUUUCGCCUUUGUCGAGUUUUCAACACUUGGUGAGGCCAUUCGGUGGAUGGACAUGAAACAGGGUGUUUUAAUGCUUCAAGAACAAUAUCGUGCUAUAAUGCAGUAUAGCAUUCCGAAAGACGUCUGCGCAAACUCUGAAAAACCGCCCAGUCAUAAAGCUUCAGCUGACUGGUUCUGCAUCAAAUGUGGCGCUCAAAAUUUUAAACGUCGAGAUAAUUGCUUCAAAUGUCACGCUUCACGAAUGGAGAGUGAGGAAGGUGGAAGUGGAAGUGACGAAAUUUGCACCUACACCACCAAAACUAUUAUGAUAAGAAAUUUAGAUGCCUUGACAACAGAAGAUUCUGUUAUGUCUGUGCUUAACUCAGUUAUACCAGAUCUGGUAAAGUCAAUUUCUGCAGUAUGUAUUGGCCGUGACCCGCUCACUUCAACGUCUCGGGGUAUUUGCUACCUAGGCACUGAAAGUACUAUUGAUGCUUUGGCAAUUCACGGAGCUUUAAGUAAUUUAUCAAGUCCAUUAACCAUUGAUGGAAAGACAGUGAUUUUGUCUUAUUGUAAAUACAAUAUGGGCGACAACAAGAAAGCAUAUUCUCAGGCUGACAACGCCGCUUUUCCUAACGCCUCCAUUCCCAGCACCUACGCUAUGACGGAUGUAGAAAGCUUAGCGGAGUAUGCUGCUAGACGAUACGCUAAAACUCCCAACGAAUACUUACAUUACAUAGAAUAUUACCGCAAUUAUUUUACUCAACAAAUAAGCGCAGGAAAUUCCAUAACACUUCAUCAAGAAAACCAGAUGGAUGCUGCUAACGCUGCUGCCGCCGUCGCCCAAUCGGCAAUCCAGCAGAUGCACGCUAACAAAAAUUUCUAUGACACUACUCACAUGUCAAUUCCAAACGGGACCGACGGAAAGAGAUAUCCUGUUCCGGAUGUUUCCAAAUACACUUAUGACAAAACCACGGGGUAUCAGUACGACGCGAGUACCGGAUUGUACUAUGAUCCUAAUUCUAACUACUACUGGAACAGCGUCAUCCAAAAGUACCUUUAUUGGGACCAGGAGAAGUUAACUUACGUUUUGGCACCAAUGACUUACGAAAGUUACGCGGGGCAACAAGCCGUAGCUGCUGCCACUGGUGCCCAAGAACAAGAAACAAAAAAACCGAAAACAGAAAAACAAGAUAAAGUAAAAGUGGCGAAGAAGAUCGCGAAGGACAUGGAACGGUGGGCGAAGACACUGAACCAAAAGAAAGAAAUGUCCUUCGCAAAAGCCAAUUCAGAUGUUGGUGCCAGUACUAGUGGCAGCGCAUCCGCGGACAUCGGUUUCUCAGUCUUGGAAAAGAAAAACACGAGUCAGUUGGUUCCAGGUUAUUAUAAAAAUGAACAGUCUGAGGAGUCCAAUCCAACUUCAUCUGCUGCACCUCUUGUAGCUGCGUACGGUGGCGACAGCGAAUCUUCAGGGGAUGAAGAACAAAUCGAUGAAAUGGAGCUCUUGGAUUAUACUAAGUUGAUCUGUAAUCUGUGUAAGCGCCAGUUGGGGUCAGCGGAGGCUUUGGCUAAGCACGCUAAGCUUUCGGCGUUGCACAAACAAAAUUUGGAAGCAAGGAAGAAAACUAAGAAAUUAGAGGGGAGUAAAGAGAAGGUAGUGUACAGGGACAGAGCUAAGGAAAGGAGAAUGAAGUAUGGUGAUCCCGACGAACCGCAGCCGAGUAAACUUAAAGAAAAGUAUUUGAAGUCGAGGGAGCUGGCGGAAGUACCGGUCGCUGCUGCCUCCGUUUCUGAACCAAUCGGUGCUGAGAAUGUAGGGAAUAGGUUGUUGCAAAAAAUGGGUUGGACGGAAGGGCAAGGUUUAGGGAAGCAGAAUCAGGGAAGAACUACAAUUAUUCAAGCAGAGCAACAUAGCAGUACUGUAGGACUUGGCAAUAAAGUAGCAGGGUAUACAGCACUAGCGGGAGAAUCGUACAAAGACUGUGUUAAGAAGAUGAUGUAUGCACGUUAUCAAGAGUUGACAGAAAAAGAAAAUUAAGCAACGUUGUUCACAAUUACUGUUCAAAUAUUUCAUUAUGACUUUAGUCAAGUGCCAAUCAGUGUUGAUUUCUUAAUUCUUUAUUUUCAUUAUGAAGACAUGCAUUCGGUCAAUUUGAUAAUAAUUAAUGAUAUAAGUUAUGGGUUUCUAUUUGUUUAUACAUAUUCAUGAGAAUAUGCUCGUUGUUCACGAGAUGAAUAAAUAAUUAUUAUUUA